GAUUUGACCACUUCCGGAAAGCUUCACGUGAACAAACGUCGCCAGUGGCGCGCAAAGAAGAAAAGUUGUGGAGAAGGCAGCCACCGUUAGUGGUCAUUUCAUAUACUGGCUAAAAUACUGUAUAUCACAAUAUUUUAAUAUGUUUGGACAUUUUAUGUCAUACCCACUCAUACAAAACGACAUGUAACCAUUUGCCAACAUGCCUUUUCAAGGAAAGCGCAAAAGAUAUUCCAAGGACAUACAGUGUAUGUUCUUUCCUGAUGUCAAAGUUGGUGUCAGAAAAGGGGUACGAGGGCCUUCAAUCACUGACAGUUCUGCUACCAAGUCCUGGGAGAGUUGUGGAGACAGCUUUUUGGACACUCCUGUGAUAAAGAACCUAAGUUCAUCUGGGAACAAAUGGCGAGCUGUACGACGACUGGCACAGUCACCGGCACAAGUGCAGUGCAGUGGUCUGCGGUGUGAUGAGGACCCAGUGCACAUCGCCUGGAGCUCCAGUGAGAGUGAGCCUUCUGACAGUGAGCCCCAAGGCCAGCAGCCUCCAACUCCCCCCAGCAGCAUUGUGGCUCAGGUGCACCGCGGGCCCGGGAGACAAGGAGCCUCCAUCCAGUCCUACAGCCGAGCCCAGCGCAUGCUCAGCACUGAAACAGAUGAGCUUCCGACGAUAGACACGGAUAGCGAUGUGGAUGAGGCUGAAGAUGAUCAGGGAAAGAAGGAGGACGGUGUGGGGGAGAUCUCUGAUUGUGAGUCGGAGCCCUGCGCUCGGGAACCGAAAGAAUCAUCACCUAAACCUACAACUGUGACAGACACUGACAUCUCAGACUACCUGUCUGAUGGAGAGGAAGAGAGCCAUGACACCCUGAGCCUGAACAGACUGGAGGCUGGGGUUGUGGCUGAAUGUCCUCUGCAGGCUGGGGAAGGGGAGGGCAGCAGAAGGUCAGUCAGUGACUGGGUCAGGUCCGCUCAGGCAGCGCUGCAGACGCCCCAGAAACAGACAGACAGGAACUCCAAGACCCCAGAGGACUCCAGCAAAAAGAAAAGGACGUUUCAAAGUGGCGGCAUGGCGGAGCGACUGAACCGACUCCAGUGCAGACAGAGGUCAGCCAUCAGCUUCUGGAGGCACCAGUCCAUCUCUCACACUUCUACUACAGCCACAGUCGAUAAGCCUGGGGUGCUGGUACUGGAGGUCCUGUCAGUCCAGGAGGAGAGCUGCAUGCAGCUGGCCCUGUGUGAGCAACACCACCCCCCUGCUACAGGCCACCACAGGCCUCCAUCCAACACCACCACCACUAUGACAAGACCUGAACAGCACAAUCCCUCUGCUACAGACCACACCCCCCCUCUCUCCACCAGAAACAGAGCUCGGGUCCUGGUACUGUUCAGUAAGGAAACGACUGCUCAGCUCAUGCCUGUGCCUCGAGACCUCAUCCAUAUAUACCCACCAUGGCAAAGUCUCAUGAUUGAGGGCCAACAUAAUAGCAUUAUUCUCAACACACACUUCAGCCAGAAGGUAUACUCUGACACCAAGCAAACCAGCAUGUCCCUCCCCAGAGCCCUGGUCCCAGUGGAGAGAUGCAACCCAUACUCUCUGACCAGGUCAUUUGGCCAGCUUGAGAUCAACAAGACUUCACCAGAGGGAGAUGGCACGGUCAAACAGUCUUUAUGCAGCCAGGGUGGCUCAGGUGCAGCCAGCAGCGGAGGGUGUCAUUCGCUCCUAGAGGCCAUCGAGGGCAUGGGCCAGGCUGGGUCAGUGGGGCAGGAUGUGGAGGUGGUGGUCCAGAGGGUCUACUGUACCCCCAUCAGGGAGCGCUCCACUGGGGCUUCACUCAAGUCCAGAGCUCCUGGCCGAUCCCCUAGAGUGCCGCCUCCUCUCCAGAAGGGCAAGAGCAGGCUGUGUGUGCUGGUCCAGGACGGCUAUGGGAUGUUCAGCAUGGUCCAGCUCCACGCUCUGCCGUCUGAGGACCCUCUCCACCUCUACACCAGGAAGUGGGAGGGCCGGACCUGCGUCCUGCGAGCCAUCAAAGUGGUGCAGCGGGUCACUCGGGAAAGGUGGACCAGACUCUUCAGCCUGAUAGACAGCCUCUGGCCACCAGUGAUUCCUUUCAAAGUACUUGGAGAAAACCAGAGCUGUCAAGGUGACAGCAGACACAAAGGCCCAGCCCCAAGCUUCUGUUACCUGCUGUCAGGCCAAGAGGGCUCUGUGGAGCCUGUAGAGGGACAGCCUUUAUCCUCUCUAUACCUGCCUCCUACAGAACAAACCCUCAGAGACAUACUGCAGUGUGAGCUCAACAGCCAUCGUUGUAGCUUUGUCGCCACUGUCAUCUACAAGAGAACGCAGAGUAGUGAUCAGAGCCCAGGGGAGGUUUGGCUGGUGGUGACUGACCCCAGUUUGCAGGAGGAGCAGCAGUCCGAUGGGCCACCAUGCAGACGGACGCUGGCUGUGUGUGUGACCACUUCCUGUGUGCUCACUUCCUCUGUCGCCAAGGCGAUAAGGACCCCCAGCACCUUCCGCUUGUCAUUCAGGGACGCAGUCAGAGAGCAUGGUGGGAUCCUGUGUGUGGAGCAGUCAGUUGUGCAGCUGCGGCCUCUGGUAUCAGUGUGCUGCCCACAUACCGAGAGCACGCUGGGCCCAGGGUCUCUGUCAUUGUCCCAGGCAAAGCCCUUACCUCAGCCCCUACCUCAAUCCCAGCCCCAUGUCCUUCCUCAGGCCUUACCACAACAUGUGACGCUGGAUCCCCUGGGUCCGGAAACACCACCCAACUCCCUCUGCAUGUUCUCGGGUGUGAUAGUUGGUGUGGAUGAGGACACGGCCUACUCCUGGCCAGUCUGCAGCCUGUGUGGGAGCGACCGCUUGGAGAUGGCACCCCAAAAGCCUCAAGCAUUCCUUUGUGUUGCUUGUGAUUCACUGGUUGACCAACCAACAAUGAACAUGCAGCUUGAAGUGUUCAUGAAUUGUUCUACACUGAGAGACUUCACUGUGAAAGUAAAGCUCCAGCAGAGCACCAUCAUGUCUGUGUUGAACUGUGCAGCCUCUGGCCAUGAGUUCCCAGGUUACGAGGUGGAAAAUGUGUUGGGGAAGGAGGUGGGCCCCCUCAGCGCUUACGUCCGCGUGGUCACCAGGAAACCUGCCCUGUCGAUCGGUCUGGAAGAGAUCUGCCUCUGAGGCUGUCAAAGUGUGGAGUGGGAUCCCGUGAAAUCAAUCUGUAGGACUAGGAGGUCUCCUCAGCCCAGCCAGGCCCAGCCUCUCUGUACAGCGCAUGAAUAGUUAGGCUGGAAAAAAUAGAUCUGUUUGUGUGUUACUGAUAUGUUAGGACCCUGGAGAUGACAGCCCAAGGUUAGAACUGAAGGACCAGAGAGGAGUAACAUAUGUCAGACUUUGUCACGUGGGUCCAAAUGGUGACUGUAAAAUAUGCCUGUUUGCUGUAUAUAGCCGCACAUUUCUUUCAAAGUGUUCCCUUGAAUAUCUACCCCCUAAUCUUUCUCUGAAGAUGAAUGGUGCUUAUACUGUGUCAAUAAACCUUGUAUUAUAAGUUA